AUGCAUAUGAGCAGGGCACAGGGCACCCUACUGCUGGCUGGCCUCAUGACUUACAUGGUGAUGGGUGCCCUCAUCUUUGAGAUUCUGGAGAAGGAGAACAGCAAGAAAGUAGUAGAUAAAAUUUAUCACCGGAAAGAGGCUUUUUUUUUGAACUACACCUCUCUCAGCCCAGAAGAGGUGGAGUUAUUCAUAGUGGAUGUGAUAAAAUCUGUUCGGAAGGGAAUAAUUCCAAGAGGAACCCAUCCUCCUGAAACACACAGCUACUGGGAUUUCUCUGAUUCUUUCUUCUUCGUGGGCACUAUGUUAGCCACAAUAGGCUAUGGAAACGUCUGUCCCCAAACAAAAGAAGGUCAGAUGUUUUGUGUUAUUUUUGCUCUCUUUGGAAUCCCCUUCAACCUCAUCUGCUUGAACUAUAUUGGCUUUUUAGUCUCAAGACUCUUCGAACGGUGUGCAGCGAAAGUGUUUGGGAAAGGAAAGAAGAAAACAGCAAGAUAUACUUUCCUGUUCAUGGCUGUGGGACUUCUAAUGUUUCUUAUUUUGCCAUCAUUCCUCUUUCAACAUGCGGAGGGCUGGAGUUAUCAUGAAGCUAUCUAUUUUACAUUUAUUACACUCAGCACCAUUGGUUUUGGAGACUAUCUAAUAGGGAGGAAGCAUGAGAGGAACUAUUUUGUGGGCUACCAGUUGCUUGCAGCCGUUUGGAUCGUCAUUGGUCUGGCCUGGAUAGCUGUGCUGUUUCAACUGGUAUCAUCAUUACUCCUACCUGGGGAUUCAAAAGCAUCCUCAAAAAAAAGGAGUAAACUGCAAAGAUAA